AUGUGGCUUUCUCAAUAUCUCAAUAACAAGGAAACUAUUGACGCUCGGCUCGACGGUAGUGAAAGCGAACGAAUUUUUGUGUUCACUUGUCCACCAUCAACAGCUCGACAGAUCCUUCGAAAAGGAUUUAGUGAUCAACUGAAAAGUAUUCAUGGUCGACAAUAUGGCUAUGGAUUUUAUUUUCCAUCUUUCUGUGGGUUUGAUUCAACGCAAGAUCGUGAAUACGCAAUGCUUGUGUGCCGUGUUCUGGUCGGUCGAAGUUGUCUUGGUCAUUGGACAAUGGAAACAUGCCCUUCGGGUUACGACUCAACAACAAACGAAUCAGGCACUUAUGUCGUCUAUUCAAAUCGGCAUAUCUUGCCGAAAUAUCUAAUCAUCUUUACAUAA